AUGUACGCAGCAACGAAGUUGGCACAAUUUGUGUCAAAUCCAGGGAAAGCACACUGGAUGCAAGCAAGAAGAGUAUUACGGUGUCUGCAUGCAACGAAAGAAAAGGGUUUACUAUACAGCCAAGGGAUUGAUGAAGUAGAAAUGUACAGCGAUGCAGAUUGGGCAACGGAUACGAAUGAUAGGCACUCCCAUAGCGGAAUGGUACUAUUUUUAGGAGGCAAUCCAAUAAAUUGGAGAUCUAGUAAACAAAAAUCAAUCUCGACUUCCACAAUGGAAGCAGAAUAUGUAGCACUAGAGAACGUUUUAAAAGAAGUAAUGUGGAUGAACAUGUUAUUUAAGGAGUUACAAAAUUUGUUAAACAUAGAUGUUCCACGUGAACCUUACAUGAUUAGGUGUGAUAACAAAUCAGCCAUUGAUUUUACGCUAAAUAGAGUUGAGCGAUCCAAAUCUAAACAUAUAGAUAUUGCGUACCACAUAACAAGAGAAAAAUACAAAGAAGGUUUGACACAAUUAAAAUAUGUUCCUUCUAGCGAUAAUGUAGCAGAUAUAUUUACUAAGGCGUUACCACACAAUGUAAUAAGCGUUCACGUAGAAAAAUUAAGAUUAUAUUAA